AUGAGCAUGUUGGCCUCACGCUUUGCUAGAGCUCUUCCACGAGCAACUCCCAUAGCUUCACGAUGGGCCGCUCCGUUGCGAAAACCUUUAGGAUCUACCUUCGCUCGAUAUGAAUCAACUGAAGGCAAGGUACAAGGUGCCGUCAUCGGUAUCGAUCUUGGUACCACAAACUCUGCAGUUGCUAUUAUGGAAGGCAAGGUUCCUAGAAUUAUUGAGAACGCUGAAGGUGCUCGCACAACCCCUUCUGUUGUCGCUUUUGCACAAGAUGGUGAGCGACUUGUCGGUGUUGCCGCCAAGCGACAGGCAGUCGUAAACCCUGAGAACACUCUUUUUGCUACUAAGCGAUUAAUCGGACGCAAGUUCACUGAUGCCGAGGUCCAAAGAGAUAUCAAGGAAGUCCCGUACAAAAUUGUGCAACACAGCAAUGGCGAUGCUUGGGUUGAGGCUAGAGGCCAGAAGUAUUCACCAUCUCAAAUCGGUGGCUUCGUCCUCAACAAAAUGAAGGAGACUGCUGAAUCUUACCUGGGCAAGUCAAUCAAGAAUGCCGUCGUCACCGUUCCCGCCUACUUCAACGAUUCUCAGCGUCAAGCUACCAAGGACGCUGGUCAGAUUGCUGGUCUUAACGUUCUUCGAGUUGUCAACGAGCCUACUGCUGCUGCUCUAGCAUAUGGCCUGGAAAAGGAGGCUGACAGAGUCGUUGCUGUGUAUGAUCUCGGUGGUGGUACCUUCGAUAUCUCUGUUCUAGAGAUCCAGGCCGGCGUCUUCGAAGUCAAGUCUACAAACGGUGAUACCCACUUGGGUGGAGAGGACUUCGAUAUUCGUCUAGUUCGUCACCUGGUUCAGCAAUUCAAGGCCGAUUCGGGCAUUGACUUGUCUAACGACCGAAUGGCUAUCCAGCGAAUCCGUGAGGCUGCUGAGAAGGCCAAGAUUGAGUUGUCCUCGUCUCUUCAAACCGAUAUCAGCCUUCCCUUCAUCACUGCCGACGCCUCCGGUCCGAAGCACAUCAACACCAAGAUGACUCGAGCCCAACUUGAGAGCAUGAUGGACCCUCUGAUCACGCGCACUAUCGAGCCUGUUCGCAAGGCGCUCAAGGACGCUAACCUACAGGCUAAGGAUAUCCAAGAAGUUAUUCUCGUCGGUGGUAUGACCCGUAUGCCCAAGGUUUCCGAGUCUGUCAAGAAGAUAUUCGGCCGUGACCCUGCCAAGUCUGUCAACCCUGAUGAAGCCGUCGCCAUUGGUGCUGCUAUCCAGGGUGCUGUGCUCUCUGGUGAAGUUAAGGAUCUCCUACUUCUAGAUGUUACCCCCCUUUCCCUUGGAAUCGAGACUCUCGGCGGUGUGUUCACGCGAUUGAUCAACCGUAACACUACCAUUCCUACCAAGAAGUCUCAGGUCUUCUCUACAGCUGCCGACUUCCAGACUGCUGUCGAAAUCAAGGUCUUCCAAGGCGAGCGUGAACUCGUUAAGGACAACAAGCUCCUUGGCAACUUCCAGCUUGUUGGCAUCCCACCGGCUCACCGGGGUGUUCCCCAAGUUGAGGUCACCUUUGAUAUUGACGCUGACUCUAUUGUCCAUGUCCAUGCGAAGGACAAGAGCACCAACAAGGACCAGUCAAUUACCAUUGCUUCUGGCUCUGGUCUUUCUGACUCUGAGAUCGAGCACAUGGUUGAGGAAUCUGAGAAAUAUGCCGAGCAGGACAAGGAGCGCAAGGCUGCUAUCGAGACAGCCAACCGUGCCGACAACGUUCUAAACGAUACCGAGAAGGCGCUGAACGAAUACGCAGACAAGCUUGACAAGGCUGAGGCUGACGGAAUCCGGGAGAAGAUCACCGCUCUACGGGAAUUCGUGAGCAAGAGCCAGUCCGGCGAGGGCACUGCUACUGCCGCUGAGAUCAAGGAGAAGACAGAUGAGCUACAAAUGGCCAGCUUAAAUCUCUUCGAUAAGAUGCACAAGAGCCGCAACGAGUCUAGCGAAUCUAGCAGCUCUGAGGCCAAGCCUGAGGAGCCUAAGCCUGAGGACGAGAAGAAGCCGUAA